AAAUAAUACUGUAAUCUGUAGUCUGUAGUCUGUACUAAUAUUUACUAGUAUAGCCCGUUAGAAAAGACCUACUGUAUUAGCAUGUCUGUCUUUUUGUAAAAUUAUAUUUAUUGAAAAUGUAUUUUUAAAAGUUUUUCACUUCUCUUAUAAUACUUUCACGAUGUAAAUUAAUAUAAAGUCAAAAUAACGAAACGAAAUUAAAAAAAGGAGAGUUUAUGACACAUAACUAAAACGUAUAUCAGAAAAAGAUUUUGACAUUUCGUGGUUACGAACAUUGAAAAUCUUCUUUAUAAUUCGAGAAUUUAAAAAAACGGGCAUGGAUAAUACCUCGAAUAAGGAAGAACAGAAUAACCAGGAUGAUUCAGAUUCUGAGGUAGACGAGGUAGAGCCUAGACUUAAAUACGUCAGGGUACGAAACGAUCUGCAACAUAUAUUACAAAAUGAUGCAGCUAGUUGCAUUGCUGUGCAUCCUAAGUUCCUAUGUCUGGGCUCACACUGGGGUAUGAUACAUCUUUUAGAUCAUCAAGGAAAUAAUAUACAAUCAAAAAGUUUACAAGCGCAUACAGUUGCUGUCAACCAGAUUUCUAUAGACCACAAUGGAGAUUUCAUUGCAUCCUGUAGUGAUGAUGGAAAAGUUUUUAUAUAUGGUCUUUACAGCACAGAAAAUAAUCACAAUAUGAGCAUGGGUAGAUUAGUCAAAAGCAUAGCUAUAGAUCCAAAUUAUUAUAAAAGUGGUAGUGGGAGAAGAUUUAUUACAGGUGGGGAUGAUAAGUUGGUUUUGUAUGAAAAAACAUUUUUAUCCAGAAUGAAACUAACUGUAUUAUGUGAUGCAGAAGGUGGAGUAAGAUCAAUUGCGUGGAUUGGACACUUUGUGGCUUGGGCAUCUGACACUGGUGUCAGAAUUUAUGAUUUAAAUGCCAAAUGUUCAUUAGGUCUUAUUAAAUGGACUAGAUCUGCUGAUACAUUACCAGAGCACUAUAGAUGUAAUCUUCGAUGGUCUGAUGAUAGAACAUUAUUAAUUGGAUGGGUUGAUAUAGUACGAAUUUGUCAAAUUAGAAAGAGAUCAAUACAGGAAAUGGUUAACAGAGACCUACCAGAAUUUGUAGUGGAUCCAGUUUCAACUUUCCAAGUGGAUUUUUACAUUUCUGGUAUUGCACCUUUAGAAAAUCAGUUAGUAUUGUUAGGAUGCUUGAAAGAAUUAGAUGAAAAUGGUAAAAGUCAGAGACCCACUUUACAUGUUGUUGAACCAAAGUAUCAAGAUUUCACUCUUGUUUGUGCAAAUUCCCUUACACUCCGUGGUUAUAAAGAAUACAGCUGUAAUGAUUAUCAUUUAGAUUGUUUGAAAGAAGAAAACAGGUUUUUUAUUGUAAGUCCAAAAGAUAUUGUUGUAGCUAGUUUAUAUGAUGCAGAUGAUAGAAUUGAGUGGUUAUUAUGUCAUGGUAAAUUUGAACAAGCAUUAGAGGCAGUAACAAUAAAUAAUGGCAAAGACUGUACAAAAUACACUUUAGUUUUUGUUGGCCGUGUAUACUUAGAUCAUUUGUUGGCUUGUGGGAAAUAUGAUGAAGCAGGAAAACUCUGUUCUAAAAUUUUAGGAAAGGAUAAAAAAUUAUGGGAGGAAGAAGUAUACAAAUUUGCAAGAGUUCAUCAAUUACGGUCUAUUUCUUCUUAUCUUCCAAGAGGUGAUGUCACAUUAGAUCCAUUGAUUUACGAAAUGGUUCUUUAUGAAUAUUUGAAAAUGGAUCCUGAUGGAUUUCUUCAACUAGUCAAAGAAUGGUCUCCUAAAUUGUAUAAAGUUGCAGCUGUUGUCAAUGGUGUUUUGGAACAUCUUCUAAUUCAUAAUCAACGACAAAAUGUAUUGUUAGAAGCUUUAGCAAUUCUAUAUAUUCACGAUGAAAAAUACGACAAAGCAUUAGCCAUGUAUUUAAAAUUAAGACAUAAAGAUAAAUAUCAAUUGUAUAAUACCGUUUAUGAUAUGAUAGAAGGUUUAAUGGAUCUAGAUGCGGAACGUGCUAUACAAUUUUUUUUAGAAAAGGACAGAGUGCCAUCUGAUAUUGUUGUACAAAAAUUGCAACAUAAUCAUCGAUAUUUAUAUUUGUAUUUAGAUGCAUUAGAUAAAAAAGAUACGAAAGGAAAAUACCAUGGAUUGUUGGUUCAACUUUAUGCUAAUUAUUCAAGAGAUAAAUUGUUACCACUUCUACGUCGUUCUGAUAAUUAUCCAAUACAGCAAGCGCUAGAUAUUUGUAGCCAGCGAAAAUUUUAUCCAGAAAUGGUAUAUUUACUUGGUAGAAUUGGAAAUACUUCUGAAGCUUUAGCACUUAUGACUAGAGAAUUGAAUGAUAUGCAGAGCGCGAUCGCAUUUUGUCAAGAACACGAUGACGAGGAAUUGUGGAAUGAUUUAAUUAUUUAUUCUCUUGAUAAGCCUCAGGCUAUCACAUUUUUAUUGCAAAAAAUAGGCACUUAUGUCGAUCCUAGACUCAUGGUACAAAGAAUAGAACCGUCUUUAGAAAUUCCUGGUUUAAAGAAAGCUUUAGUCAAGAUGAUGUGUGAUUAUAAUCUUCAAGUGUCGGUACAAGAAGGAUGUAAAAAAAUUUUAUCCAAUGAUUAUUUUAAUUUACAUGAAAGGCUAGUUAAAUGUUAUCAAAGAGGAAUAUUUAUAGAUGACAGUGUAAUUUUGACGUUGCUGAACUGAUAAGUUUUGACCCACCGAAAUGACCCUCAAUAGACAUCGAAGAUUGUACAUGCACUAAAAAUUCCCAAGCCUUAGGUCCGAUGGAUUCUACCACAACACAAUAGCUGCCUAUUGGUUUCGUGUCCCUCAUAGGUUCACUUUUUGAACAAAUUAUUAAGGUCUCUCGAAAACAUAAAUCCUUUUGAUUUACAUCGUCUGAGGUACAAAAAGAAAGAAGGAAACUAUUCAAAGAAUGGAGCAUAUUUUUUUCAACAAAAAUCUAAUAUUUAACAAUGAAAACAGUAUAGCUUAUAAGUAUAAAAAUAGUUACAUUCCAAUUCAUUUCACCAGUGACGAAUAAAUUUAGUAAUUUGUAUAUUAUAUAUUUUUCUAUGCUAUAUUUUACUACGUUCCGUUUUUUUUUGUGAACGUUUGUUUUAUUUAUGAAAUAUCUUUAUUCGUUGUUGGAGAAACUUAUUUAAAAUGAUUUAUUUUAGUAAGAUGUGGGAUAGAUAUUUUGCAUUAUUUGAAAAAUUUCUUAACAAAUUCAUUAGUCACAUAUAAUUGUUUUGUGUGAAAUUAUUUAAUCGUGAAUCCAUAAUUUAUUGUACAUACUAACAUAUACAUUAAGGUUUUAGAAAAUUAUUUUACAAUAAAACGUGAGGAAAUUACGAUUUAUACUUUAAUAUGUACAGUAAGAAGUUUGUCAAAUUGUUACAAUAUAUAUUUUGUAUUUUAUACAACAAGGUGCCAUUAUUGUAUAAAAUAAUUUUGAUAUGUUCUGUGGUAUGUGAGAAAAUCUAUGAAUACAAAAUUGCAUAAUAUCACAGUUAUACCUAAGUCUUUAGGUCACUAUGUAAAUAUUCUGUCUAAGUUGCAAUUUAGAACAAUAAUAUGUAAAAUACAAUUAAUAUAUAAAUUUUUUACGUCGCUCAAGAAGUUGUUAUGAUUAUUUGUUUACAAGCAAAAACGAUAAUCCGUUUAUUGAAAAGAGGGAAAAGAAAACAGAUUUACCAAUCGAAAAUUC